CAGCGCUCAGGAGGAAACCCGGAACCAGGGCACUUUUCCCUUUCUUUUGUAAUAAAAUAGAUGAACAGCGACUUAAAUAUUAACCAAAACUAUAAUUGUGCUGUAAAUUGAGAUCCGAGAGAGCUAUAACACAUCAUAAUUUGUGCAUAGAUAGUCCCUAAAUACUUUGAAAUGAUCGGAGCAGCAGCGAAAUGAAAAGAAACGGCACGUAUAGAUUUCUAUCCGUUUUUUCUUGCUUUAUCGUGUGUGCGUUUCUUUUCAUCUUUUGGUUCUUUAUUUUUUACUCCAUGGUUCAUGCACCAUAGUUCCCAUUUUUACUGUUUUAUUCCAAGCUUCUGCUGUUACUACAUACCCACAGUGCAUUGCUUUAUUGACAAGUCUCGUGAUCACAUGACCACCGUGACCAGGAAGUAACGAAUUGGGUUUCAUAACUUUCUGAGGUCCUUUUUGAUAGUAGCACAAUGGCGUCUGCAGCUGGAGAGGUAGCAGGAGCUAAGUCUGAUCUGAAGCUGCAGUUUGCUCCUUUCAGUAGUGCUCUGGAGGCCGGCUUCUGGCAUCAACUCACUCAGAAGAAACUCAACGAAUACAGGCUGGAUGAGAGCCCCAAGAGCAUCAAGGGCUUCUAUUACAACGGCGAUGCAGUCGGUUUACCUACUCGACUAACUCUGGAGUUUAGUGCUUUUGAAGUUGAUGGACCAACUCCAGCCCGCUGCUGUCCAGCCUUAGGAACCCUGUAUAAUAUGAACACACUAGAUGCCUUUAAAGCCACUGAUAAAAAAGCAAUGUUGGAAAAAGAAGCCAGUGAGAUAUGGGAUGCCAUUAAAUCAGGAGCUGCAGUAAUCGACCCCUCCAUUUUGUGUAGAUUCAUUCUCCUCACCUUUGCAGAUUUGAAGAAGUACCAUUUUUAUUAUUGGUUUUGCUUCCCAGCGCUUUGUUUUCAAGAAGGAAUUAAGAUUAUCAAAGAGCCUGCAAUCAUUGAGAAAGUAUUUUCAUCCAAACAAAUUGUAGCCCUGCAGGAGGCCUAUGACGACCUGUGCGUUAAAAAGGGCACUACAGCCGUCCCUUAUUUUCUGUUGAAGUACAGUGGAGACUCGGUGCAGAUGGCCGAUCUCAAAGACUGGGACUCUUUCUUCUCUGAUACUAAGAAGGUUUCUGUGGGCGUCUAUGAUCCGUGUACUCUGUCCCAACAUCCAGGCUGGCCUCUGAGAAAUCUGCUGCUCCUUAUCGCUUACAGAUGGGGGUCUAAGCUGGACAUGCUGGAGGUGCUGUGUUUCAGAGACAGGACUCUACAGGGCAGUCGCUCUAUUCAUCACAGUUUAAUUUUCCAGCUCAAACUGCCUCCUCUGGCUCCCAACUCAGUUUGUCCAAAGAGUGUAGGCUGGGAGAAGAACGCCAAAGGAGCCAUGGGACCCAGGAUGGUGAAUCUGAGUGAAUGUAUGGACCCUAAAAGACUGGCUGAAUCAUCAGUGGACCUGAAUCUGAAGCUGAUGCGCUGGAGGCUGGUCCCUUCUCUGGAUCUGGACAAAGUCAUCAGCACCAAGUGUCUGCUGCUGGGGGCAGGGACCCUGGGGUGUAACGUGGCCCGCACUCUCAUGGGCUGGGGAGUGAGACACAUCACGUUUGUGGACAAUGCAAAGAUCUCGUACUCUAACCCAGUCCGUCAGCCUCUGUAUGAGUUCGAGGACUGUCUGGGUGGAGGCAAGUCUAAGGCCAUGGCGGCAGUCGACCGUCUCAACAAGAUCUUCCCCGGGGUGAACGCAGAAGGCUACUCCAUGAGUAUCCCCAUGCCGGGUCACCCAGUGAACUUCUCUGAGGCCACAGUGUCCCAAGCCCAGAGGGACGUUCAGCAGCUGGAGCGCCUCAUCUCAGAGCAUGACGUGGUUUUCCUUCUCAUGGACACCAGGGAGAGCCGCUGGCUGCCCACUGUUAUCGCUGCUAGCAAGAGAAAGUUGGUGAUAAAUGCGGCUCUGGGCUUUGACACGUUUGUUGUCAUGCGUCACGGUCUGAAGAAGCCCUCUGUCACUGACAACGCUUCGGCAGACUCCUCCACUUCCUGUUCUUCCACCGCCUCUUCCUGUGUGUCCACUCCGGCUGGCCCCGCCCCCCCUGCUCCAGGCUCCUCCCUUUUCUCAAACAUCCCCGGACACAAGCUGGGCUGCUACUUCUGCAACGAUGUAGUGGCACCAGGAGACUCGACCCGGGACCGCACUCUGGACCAGCAGUGCACAGUGAGCAGACCUGGGCUGGCCAUGAUCGCUGGAGCUCUGGCAGUGGAGAUGAUGGUGUCCAUACUGCAGCACAGUGAAGGUGGAUAUGCAGUGGCGAGCAGCAGUGACGACAGGAUGAAUGAGCCACCCACCUCUCUGGGUCUAGUGCCACAUCAGAUCCGAGGUUUUCUCUCAAGGUUUGACAACGUCCUCCCUGCUAGCCUGGCCUUUGACAAGUGCACCGCCUGCUCACCCAUAGUUUUGGAUCACUACGAGAGAGAAGGCUUCCAUUUCCUCUCCAAGGUUUUCAAUUCCUCCCACUCGUUCCUGGAAGACCUCACGGGGCUGACGCUGCUGCACCAGGAGACGCAGGCGGCUGAGAUUUGGGACAUGAGCGACGAUGAAAGCAUUUAAGAUCAAACUAGACCGUCAUGAGAGGAGGACUUUUCUACUACUGCGUCUGCCUUUUUAAUUUUCUUUGUGAGUUUUGGAUGACAAAAAAUCAAGGACUAGACAUCGACUGUGAGAAUCCUGCUUCAAAUUGGCCAAAGAGUUGGACUGGACCAAAUUCAUGAUGUAUCAAGGUGUGUUUUAUUGAUAAAGAAUGUGAGACCAGCGUAAUGUUUACAGAUUUAAGACCCCGCUGUAUGAAGGCUCUGGAUAAAUCACAAAACAUAGUAUUGAGGACAAAAAACAAGGAAAUUAUUGUUGGAUUUUGUUGUUCCAUAUUUUUUACUUUCUACAAAUAUAUAUACAUAUUUUUUUUUCUCAUAUUAAUACCUAAAAAGGAGUUGAAAGUAUUUUUGGUUUUGCUUUUACUGUAAAAAAAAAAAAAAACAUUUUCCACUUAUUACUUAUUACACUGACUCACCAGGGCCACCAUUCUACUGUGUAUUACUCCACACUUGUACCUAAUAAACAAAAUAAAUAUGAUAAAACAGUGUAAUAAUACUCAAUCAUGUUUCAGGUAAUAUCAUGCAGAUAUGUCCAUUACAUCAUCUCAAAUUGUACAGUUCAGGAAAUCAGUAUUGAACUCUCUUGUUUUAAUGUGUUUUUGAUUUGAUUUCACAAACUUGUCUUUUCCAUCUGGGUCUCAAAGCAUGUUUACGUGUCGACUUUCUGAGCAGCUAACAUCACCUGUCACUGUACUGUCUGUAAUGUGCAUUUGAACUGCAGCCUGUGUGUUUCUCAAUGUGUGUCUUGACUUUGCAUUAAAAGUCUGUUACAUUAAACAGUGUAUGUUUAUAAUGAGCCAGUCCAAAUAAAAGUAUUUAUCUCUU